CUCAGACAGGUCCAGGUCUACAGAGACUCAGACAGGUCCAGGUCUACAGAGAGACUCAGACAGGUUCAGGUCUACAGAGACUCAGACAGGUCCAGGUCUACAGAGAGACUCAGACAGGUUCAGGUCUACAGAGACUCAGACAGGUCCAGGUCUACAGAGAGACUCAGACAGGUUCAGGUCUACAGAGAGACUCAGACAGGUUCAGGUCUACAGAGACUCAGACAGGUUCAGGUCUACAGAGACUCAGACAGGUCCAGGUCUACAGAGAGACUCAGACAGGUUCAGGUCUACAGAGACUCAGACAGGUCCAGGUCUACAGAGAGACUCAGACAGGUUCAGGUCUACAGAGACUCAGACAGGUCCAGGUCUACAGAGAGACUCAGACAGGUUCAGGUCUACAGAGACUCAGACAGGUCCAGGUCUACAGAGAGACUCAGACAGGUUCAGGUCUACAGAGACUCAGACAGGUCCAGGUCUACAGAGAGACUCAGACAGGUCCAGGUCUACAGAGAGACUCAGACAGGUUCAGGUCUACAGAGACUCAGACAGGUUCAGGUCUACAGAGAGACUCAGACAGGUUCAGGUCUACAGAGACUCAGACAGCUUCAGGUCUACAGAGACUCAGACAGGUUCAGGUCUACAGAGACUCAGACAGGUUCAGGUCUACAGAGAGACUCAGACAGGUUCAGGUCUACAGAGACUCAGACAGGUUCAGGUCUACAGAGAGCUGAUGAAGAUGAUGAAGAUGAUGAAGAUGAUGGUGGUCCUGGUCCUCUCCUGUGUCCUCUGUGUCUCAGCUGACGGUCUACAUGAGGACAUUGCUAUCACUGGCUGUUCAGACUCUGAUGGAGAGGAGAUGUACACUCUGGAUGGUGAGGAGAUAUGGUACGCAGACUUCAUCAACAAGAAGGGGGUGGAGCCUCAGCCCAGCUUCAUUGAUCAUAUCAGCCUUGAGGAAGGAACUUAUGAGACUGCUGAGGCUAAUCAACAGAUCUGCAGACAGAACCUGAAAGUGGAUCUCCAGGCCUAUAAGAACCCUCCUCUGCAGCUCGAUCCUCCGUCCAGUCCCAUGAUCUACUCCAGAGACAACGUGGAGCUGGGAGAGAACAACAUCCUCAUCUGUCAUGUGACUGGUUUCUAUCCUGCUCCUGUAAAGUUCUACUGGACGAAGAACAACAAGAACGUCACUGAAGGAACCAGCGUCAACGUUCCCUUCCCCAACAAGGACGGUUCCUUCAACCAGUUCUCCAGACUGGAGUUCGUCCCACAGCUGGGAGACAUCUACAGCUGUUCAGUGGAACAUCGGGCCCUGGACCAACCACUGACCAGAAUCUGGGAUGUGGAGAAGACUCAGCCCAGUGUUGGACCUGCAGUUUUCUGUGGAGUGGGUCUGACUGUCGGUCUGCUCGGUGUGGCUGCUGGAACCUUCUUCCUCAUCAAAGGGAACGAGUGCAGCUGAUUGGUUGAAUAUAUAUGAUGUCAGUGUUUAUACACAGGUUAGGUGUGUGGAGCUGCUGCAUACUGAAGCUUUCUGCUGCAUGUAGAUCAAGUAUAUCUGAAUGUCUCUGAAUCAUUAUUAACACAACUCUCUGAUGUUUUCUGCAGUCGAUUCACAUUUGAAAUGAUCAUAGUUAUCAGAUGAAAUUUACAGUCUUUUCAAUCAGCUUUACAAAUAAAAAAUGGAAUGAAUGAUGAAUUAAUCAAUAAAUGUAUAAAUUAAUGUCAAUAACA